ACCCAUCUUCCCCAACCUUUCCCCAAGAAAAAAACUUAGGGUUUCCAUAUAGUUAACAUCUGUGUGUUUUCUUUUCUUAGUAUACUUCUUUGUUCUUGUAUUGGUUUCAAUCGGUACAUUUGAGAUAAAGGUGUUAGGUAGUUGAUAGAUCGGUGCAAAGAAAGAAAAAAGAUCAUGUGUAGUCGAGGCCAUUGGAGACCAUCAGAAGACGAGAAGCUCAAGGAUCUGGUCGAACAAUAUGGUCCUCAUAAUUGGAACGCCAUAGCACUCAAGCUCCCUGGUCGAUCUGGUAAGAGCUGUAGAUUGAGAUGGUUUAAUCAAUUAGAUCCAAGAAUAAACCGAAACCCUUUCACGGAAGACGAAGAAGAAAGACUCUUAGCUGCUCACCGGAUCCACGGGAAUAGGUGGUCCAUCAUCGCUAGGCUUUUCCCUGGAAGAACUGACAACGCCGUCAAGAACCAUUGGCACGUUAUCAUGGCUCGACGCACACGUCAAACCUCCAAGCCUCGUAUUCUUCCCUCCAUGACUUCGUCUUUAAUGGCGACUGAACAAACCAUGAUGGGUUCUGGUGAUGGGAAGAGAAUACUUGGAGACGUUGUUAAUUACCCUUACCAAUUCUCACAUAUCAAUCAUCUUCAAUUCCUCAAGGAGUUUUUCACCGGAAAGAUUGCUUUAAAUACUAAAGAAAAUCAGAGUAAAAAGCCUAUCGAGUUCUACGAUUUUCUACAAGUAGAUACGGGUUCAAACAAGAGCGAGGUUAUUGAUCAAGAUUCAGACCAAAGCAAUCCCAAUGACUCGGACAACAAAAACGAAAGUCAUGUUCCUUUCUUCGAUUUUUUGUCUGUUGGAAAGUAAUCUGCUUCCUAGGGUUAACUCGUUUGCAGUAUAUAUAUCUGUAUAUGUAUACAUAUGUAAGUCCCAAAUUUCAAGCUUAACUUCUUAGUCCGUAUACGUACUAGACUUUAGAUCGAUUACAUGUAUGUUUGGUGUAUAAAACCACUAAAUUGUGAGC